CUUUGUUAUUAGUCGUCUUGGCUACUGUUAUUUCUGCCACAGUACACAAGGUUACGGUUGGCAGUGAUGAUGAUAAUACUUUUUCUCCGUCAGUACUUAAUGUAAAAGUAAAUGAUAAGAUCAUAUUCAAAUUAGUCUCCGGCUUACACGGCGUUUUUCUAUCGGACAAACCUAACAGCUGCGUAAAAUCUGCAAAAAUUAAACAUCCUG